CACAAGAAAGAGGAGCUGAGUCCCUAAGAACCCUGCUUUUUCCACAUCGAUACAAUAAGUUCCUCAGUUUUUCUUGCUCAGAGAUUCUAUUAUUUAUGGCUGCCACAAAAACUUGGAACUGCAAUGACUAUUUCAGUGUGGACAAACUAAAGGAGUGGCCAGAGCCGGAGUCUGUUUCUUUAAUGGAGGUAUUAGCUCGAGAAGACAUCGAUGAAGCUGUGCAUGCAAUAUUGUUCCGAGAAAACUACAUCGUGAAGAGAAUGGAUACAUACAUUCAGCAUCAGGCAGUUUUUAAGGAAAGAAGAAAAGAGAUGUUACAUAAGAAAUGGGUUGAAAAUGUAGCGCGGCCUCUUCAGCAGAGAAUUAUAGAAAAAGUGGUUUCACAUAGACGACCCGGACAAAGUCAAGUGAAAUAUGAAUACUGCGCAAAGCACAUGGAUAAACCGACGAAAGCCUCUCCGAUGUGUGAGUGUCUGUUCCGAAGACAGCAAGAGCUCCGAGAAGCUAAAGGAACCCGCUACCAACACCGCACAGGUAAACAGAACGACAUGCAAAAAGAACCUAAAGGAACCAAGAAGGCUCCCCUCUUCAGCAAAUCACCCAAGUUCAUGCUCACUUCCCAUGGCAUCGUUCCCAAAGAGAGGCAGAGAGCCUCUGCCCAGCCUGUGUGGAAUAAGCCCAGUCUGUGCAGUUCUGAAAAGCUUGUCUGUACAUCCAAGUCACAUCUGCCUCAGGAAGAGAAGACCUGCAACAUAAGCCAGAUUGUCUUUGAAAGGCAGUUCCGUUCCUCUAAGCUCAGCCCAAAGAAGAAAGAGGCUGAGAAGAAGGGUCUGGUUUCAGGGACCCGACCACAGAGACCACGCUCCUGGGCAGCAGCAGACAGCCACCAUUCUCAGGGGCAACCUGCUGUGGGAAGAAGGGUGAUGACCGCAGAGCUCCUGGGGAAGCACCUGGCCUCCCUGCAGGGGGCAGCCAGGUCGGGCCUCCAGUGGGCAUAG